UAUCCUCUCCUCUUUUUCUCCUUCUCCCAUUCCUCCCCCUCCACCCCCUUUCCUCCCGUCCUUCCUCCCUUCCCCGACCUAGACGAUGCAGUGGUGGAGACAGCCGAAGAGGCUACGGAGCCCGCCGAGGCGGACAUCACAGGGCUGUGCCAGGACAUGUUCUCCAAAAUGGCCACGUACCUAACUGGCGAGCUGACAGCCACCAGUGAAGACAAUAAACUCCUGGAAAAUAUGAACAAAUUGACUAGCUUGAAGUAUCUAGAAAUGAAAGAUAUUGCAGUAAACAUAAGUAGAAACCUGAAGGACUUAAACCAGAAAUAUGCAGCACUUCAGCCUUAUUUGGAUCAAAUCACUUUAAUUGAAGAGCAAGUAGCUGCUCUUGAGCAGGCAGCCUACAAGUUGGACGCAUAUUCGAAGAAACUAGAAGCAAAGUACAAGAAAUUAGAAAGGCGAUGAAAACGCUUUAGCCAAAGACUGUCCCCCUAGAGCUGCAUACCUGGAUGGACUUCUCAGGCUCCUGUGCUUCAGCCCCACGGUGCUGCUGCCCCAGGGACGAUCCCAGCCCCAGCUUGAGUUGGCUCAGCUUGGUUCCUGGCUGUCCUGGAUGCUUUUCUAAACUUGUACCCCUGCAUCUUGGUCCCAGCCUCCACCCCUUCUCCCUCUCACAUCGUUGUGUGCCCUGGACAAGGCUCAGCAAUCAGGAUCACCCCGCCUGGAGUAGACCCAGAGGUCCCUUCUGGGCUUCCUCCUCCCUGCCUUCCCGCCUACCCUGGACUUGUUCCCAUCGUUUCUCCCUCCUUUACUCAGUAACAAAUAAAAUGUCCGUAUAUAACCUU